AUGGACCCUAAGGCUGACUUGGCAUUUCAAGACCUCAAGAGAUACCUGACCAGCCCACCGGUGAUGGUAGUGCCUCAUCCCCUCGAGCCCCUGGUGCUGUACGUGGCCGCCACACCUCAUUCCGCCAGCGCAGCGCUCGUGGCUGUCCGGGAGGAGCGCCAAGCCAAGGGCCUGCCGCGCAACGCCGCACCUUCGGCUGGGACGGUGCGGCACCAAGACGGCGCCGCUGAAGCCACAACAACGUCAGUAGAUGACCAGGCUCCACAAGCAGAGGACGCUCCUGAAGCUGCGGUGGCCACAACGGGCGACCAAGCUCCUAAGGUCCCCCGGCCUCAGGAGGCGUCCCAACCUCCGGAGGCCUCAGACUCCGCCAGCACUCCCGCACUCGUCGAACACCCGGUGUACUUCGUUAGCACAAUGCUGCGUGAUGUGCGGGCACACUACCCCAUGCCGCAGAAGCUGCUGCUCGCGCUCCUCGUCGCCUGA